AUGGGGGAUAGCUACGAUGACAGCAACCGCGCCUUUCUACAGGCCUUCAUGGGACGCUCGUCCAUGACCUUCGAUGAGGCUCAACUAGUUUUGGCAGCCAUUUUCUCUGCGCAGAGAGGAGAAACUGUAGACCCAACCGAUAUUACCGAGGAGCACCUCUCAUCCUACAUCUCCGCUGCUAACACCGCAAUCUCCCCCUUCGACCUGGAAAUCAGAAGCUCAUUCCGCCAAACACCAAAGCAGCCAGAUCAAGAAAAUACCGAUACACCACCUACCCGGGUCUAUGCCCUCGUCAACACAACCAGUGAUCCCUUAACUCAACUUGCGACAACAUACUCCGCAGAUGAGAUUGCUUUCGUCAAGCGUCUACUCGAUUACAUGUUUGAUACCAACAAUAACCGCCUCUGCGAAGGAAUGGUCAUCACAUCAAUGCAGGCUCUUAAUAUCCGCUCUUCGGCCGAGGCCAACCGGCGACGCUCCACGAACGCAGCGCAGACACAAACGGGAGCCGCACAGUCCUUGACAAUGACACAAGCGGAGAACAUGAUGAAGCAUCUCGUUGAUGAGGGGUGGUUGGAAAGAAGCAGAAAAGACUAUUUCAGCCUGACUCCACGGGCACUCAUGGAGUUGCGAGGGUGGCUGGUUUCAGAAUACAAUGAUGAGACAGACGAUGGGCGCAGAAUGAAUCGUAUCAAGUUCUGCGCUGCUUGCAAGGAUAUUAUUACUGUGGGACAACGCUGCGGAAACCGCGAUUGUCUAGGCCGACUCCAUGAUCAUUGCAUGCGCAAUUUCUUCCGUAUUCAGCGGGCGGAGAAGUGCCCUGUGUGCAAAGCAGACUGGCCAGGUGACAAUUUCGUUGGUGAACGAGCUGCCGCUGCUGGGGCUAGGAGACAGACCAAUGCCCGACAGGCUCCUCCUCCUACGGUACCAAAUGGCCAUGUAAGCGGCGAAGAAGAUGCAAGUGGCUCUGAAGAUGCCAGCGGGGAAGAAGAAGAGGAGGGGGAGGAGGAGGAGGAGGAGGAGGAGGAGGAGGAGGAAGGUUGA